AUGCCGGCUGAUAUCAGGAGCUUUUUUGGCGGCAAGCCUGCUGCGCAGCCUGCAAAAGAGGAGGCAAAGCCCGCCGCCAAGAAGAGAGGCAGGCCAGCGCGCAAGGUCGUGGAGGACUCGGACGACGAAGACGAGCCUCCCAAGAAAGCAACGCCCAAGAAGGCGGCUCCGAAGAAGCAAGCCAAACGUGAGCCAACUCCCGAGGGCAAAGCCACUACAGCCUCGGCCUACUUCGGCGACAAGAAACCCGCUCGCUCCGCUCCCAGCAAGACUUCUAAACCUGCCCCGAAGACCGAAACGCCCAAGUCCUCUCCUAAAAAAGCCAUGGCCACUGGCAAGACCGCUGCCACUCCUACCCGUACCUCCGCCAGAAAGACGAAGCCUGCUACGUACGUCGAAGUCAAAGAUGAGGACGAGGAUUUCCUGGACGGUGAUGACGACGGAGACGACAUUUUCACGGCUGCUUUCAAGAAGAAGGGCAAGCAGGCGGAUGACUACGACGAGGGCUCUGACGAUGAGCCCGUGGCAUUGCCACAGCGGCAAGUCGGUGGGAAGGGGCAGAAGAAGCUCAAGGACGAGGAUGAAUUUGAGCCUGAAGCAGAUGUCGACAUGAAGGACGCCAACCCCGAGGAUGACUUUGUGGUCCCUGAUGAUGAUGAAGAGGUUAUUAGCAGUAAGCCGGCGAAGAAGGCCAAACCAGCUGCCAAGGCGGGCAGGAAGCGCAAGUCAGCCGAGACGGAUGAUGAGCUUGAGGAAGAACCACCUAAGAAAGCCCGCGGUCGCUCUUCAACGAAGGCAUCCCCAGCAAAGAAGAAAGCGAAGAAGGACGAGCCGGAGAAUGCUGCCAUGCAAGAGCUUCUGGACAGCAUCCCUACUGUGCGGCCUCCAUCUCCGCCGAAGGACGGACAAACUAAGAAGUUCGACUUCAAGAACGCUCAUGCAAACUCUGGACCAGCGCCUCAAGCCGGUUCCGUCGACAUACCCGAUGGACAGCCGAACUGCCUCGCAGGGUUGACCUUUGUCUUCACUGGUUUGCUCCAGUACCUUGAUCGCGAAGCCGGACAACAAUUAGUCAAGCGCUACGGCGGGAAAGUCACGACUGGACCGAGCAGCAAGACCAGCUAUGUGGUCCUUGGAAGCGAUGCUGGUCCCAGCAAGCUUCAGAAAAUCAAGCAGUUCAACCUCAAGACCAUCAACGAAGAGGGCCUAUUUGCUCUUAUCAAGAAAAUGCCCGCUAAUGGAGGCGACAGCAAGGCGGCGGCAGCCUAUGAACAGAAGCAGGCAGCCGAAGAGAAGAAGAUCAAGGAGAUGGCUGAAGAAAUGGAGAAGGAAGAUCGGCGCCGUGGCGGUGCUGGCGGUGCUGGAGGCGGCAAGGCUGCUGUUGGUGCGGCAGGUUCUCAAGCACCUGGAUCUCAAUCAUCGAGCUCACAACCUGCCCAUGACAAUCGUCUGUGGACUGUCAAGUAUGCGCCUACCCAGUUGACCCAGAUUUGUGGAAAUAAGGGCCAAGUGGAGAAACUUCAGCGAUGGCUGCGCAACUUCCCCAAGUGCCAGAAGAAGAACUUUAAGAUGGGAGGCCCCGAUGGAAGCGGCCUUUUCAGGGCUGUGAUGAUCCAUGGCCCACCAGGAAUCGGCAAGACAACUGCAGCACACCUCGUCGCCAAACUCGAAGGGUACGAUGUCGUUGAGAGCAACGCCAGUGAUACCCGGAGUAAGAGGCUUGUACAAGAUGGCUUGCAAGGUGUUCUCGAGACAACGUCGCUACUUGGAUACUUCGCAGGUGAAGGAAAGAAGGUCGAAGAAUCGAAGAAGAAGCUGGUGCUCAUCAUGGACGAAGUUGAUGGCAUGUCUGCUGGCGACCGAGGUGGAGUUGGAGCACUCGCCGCUGUCUGCAAAAAGACUGAAAUCCCUAUGAUCCUCAUCUGCAACGACCGCCGUCAGCCGAAGAUGAAGCCAUUCGACUACGUGACCUUCGAUCUGGGGUUCAAACGUCCAACGACGGAUCAAAUCAGAUCGAGAAUCAUGACCAUUGCAUACCGAGAGGGUCUCAAGAUGCCCAAGAACGUUGUCGAUGCUUUGAUUGAGGGAACCAAUGCGGAUAUUCGACAAGUCGUCAACAUGGUCUCUACUGCAAAGCUCGACGAGGAAGCCAUGGAUUUCGACAAGAGCAAGCAAAUGUCUAAGGCGUGGGAAAAGCACAUCAUCCUAAAGCCCUGGGAUAUUGUUGGCAAGAUUCUCCAAGGCCAUAUGUUCUCGGAGAGCAGCAAGCACACGUUGAACGACAAGACCGAGCUUUAUUUCAACGACCACGAACUGAGCUACCUCAUGCUCCAGGAAAACUACCUUGGGACCAACCCUAUGCGUGCUGGAAACUACCAGGGCAAGGAGCGCAACUUGAAGCUACUAGAACUGGUAGACAAUGCCGCGGAGAGCAUUAGCGAUGGAGACUUGGUUGACAGAAUGAUCCAUGGAUCUCAGCAGCAGUGGAGCCUUAUGCCAACUCACGCUGUCUUCAGUUUUGUUCGACCCGCGAGCUUUGUUGCUGGCAGUAUGGCCGGCUUCAAGACCAACUUCCCGCAGUGGUUGGGUAAGAACAGCUCGCAAGGGAAACUCACGCGUAUGGUCAAGGAGAUCCAGGGCCACAUGCGUUUGCGCUCAUCCGGUGAUCGUCAUGAGAUUCGUCAACAAUACAUUCCUGUUCUUUGGAAAGAGCUUGUCAAGAAACUCGAGAUGGAAGGCAAGGAGGCCGUACCUGAAGUCAUCGAACUCAUGGACAGCUACUUCCUCACCAAGGAAGACUUCGAUGCAAUCCUGGAACUGGGCGUAGGUCCUAUGGACAUGGAGAAGAUCAAUAUUCCGGCACAGACAAAGGCAACCUUCACAAGGACGUACAACCAGCAAUCCCAUCCUAUUCCCUUCAUGAAGGCUUCUUCUGUCGUCGCGCCCAAGAAGGCCGCCAAGGAAAAGCCUGAUCUGGAAGAGGCAAUCGAAGAGUCGGACGAGGGUGAGGUGGUGGAUGAUCCGGAUACAAAGAAGGACGACGAUGAGGAAGGCGAUAUCACCAAGGACAAGUACAUCAAGCAGCCGAAGAAGAAGGCCGCGCCGAAGAAGAAAGCGGCGAAGAAAUCGGCGGCGGCAGGUGGCGAUGAUGAGGAAGAGGAGAAGCCGAAGAAGGGCAAGGGCAAGGGAAAGGCGAAGAAAUAA